AUGUAUCUUGGGAUUUCGCGCUUCCAUGCUCAAGGCCCUGAAAAACUUCCUGACUGCUCUGCAGUUGCAUUUUCCUCAACGGCGGUGUUUCUGACCUGGAAAGAUUCUGGGAAAAGUCAUGAAAUGGGAAAUUUUUCUAUUCACUACAGACCUUUGCAUUCAGAAGGAAAAUUCAAAGUUGUCCACGCUGGGGCACUGUCUUUCAGGCUUAUCGAAAACCUUGAUGUCAAAACUUAUUACGCCUUUAGAAUAGUGACGAAGGAUGCUACAGGACAAACUUAUCAUUGUGAAACAUUCGCAAGAACAAUGAGCGAUGGAAAUCAAACGUCUUGCGCAGUUAAAGGGAAACUUCCGGUAGCUCAUCGCAUGUAUGUCAGUGUUGUAGUGAGGAAGCCAGGUCAUAACUUUGAAGAAGGGAAAUUACAUUCCUACCCCACAAAGAAGGCUUUACUUCCAAGUCAGGAGGAGAAACCAACGAAACCAACUCGUGCAUCAGAUAGAAACGAAUGCAAAGAAAUACCUGAUCAAUGUUACGACCGCGCCCAAUGUAUCAACACCAAAGGAAGCUUCUUUUGUCGUUGUCCUCUCGGGUGGACUGGUGACGGGAAAAUAUGCAAAGAACUGUCACAAGAUAAAAGAAAAAGAGCAUUUUGCAACAACGAAAGUUUCUUAAACAUCAAUUGGCCGAUAACGUCACAAGGAGAAACAGCUUUGUCAUGGUGUCCCUUUGGAUCAAGAGGUCUUGCUAAGAGACAGUGUCUGGAAGUUUUUGGUGAUAACACCUCUCGAUGGGGUCUCCCUGAUCUCAGUGAAUGUGUCUCGGAUAAAAUGAUGGAUAUCGCACGACAGCUGGAUGAUCCCGACGUCGAUGUCACCGAAAUCUCUAUGCAGCUUGUUAAUGCUACGGACAUUACCACAUAUACGCAAGCUCCACUUCAUACUGGUGAUCUUAAACUGGUCGUUGACCUUAUAGAGAAGAUUUCUCAGAAGGGCCUGGGAACAAUACAGCACUUACCACCUGCCAUAAGAGACGAAAAUAUCAAACAAGUCACACAGGUUUGUCACCCUAGGUUAACUACCUUCGUGUGA